CUCUGUUUCCUCCCUGGGGACGCCAGGUCCCAGGGCAAGAGAACUUGGCAGGUCCUCCCCAUGGCGGUCUUAUUCCUCCUCCUUCUGUUCCUAUGCUGGCCCCUCAAGGCAGCUGCAGAGAACAUCCAGGCCAUCUAUGUGGCCUUGGGGGAAGCGAUGGAGCUUCCAUGUCCCUCACCACCCACCCUGCAUGGGGAUGAACACCUGUCCUGGUUCCGCAGCUCUGCAGCAGGCUCCUCUACCGUUCUGGUGGCCCAAGCCCAAGUGGCCAGACCAGCCCCAGACCAAGGAAAGCUUGGAAGGGAAUCCAGGCCCAAACUGCUGGGGAACUACUCUCUGUGGCUGGAGAGGACCAAGGAGGGGGAUGCUGGGCGGUACUGGUGCGCAGUGCUGGGUCAGCACUACACGUACCAGAACUGGAGGGUGUAUGACAUCUCCGUGCUCAGAGGCUCCCAGUUAUCUGCAAGGACUGCAGAUGGAUCCCCCUGCUCUGUCCUCCUGUGCUCUGUGAUCCCUCCUAGGCGCCUGGACUCUGUGACUUGGCUGGAGGGGAAAGGGCCUGUGAGGGGCCGGGUACAGUCCUUCUGGGGUGAGGGGGCUGCCCUGCUCUUGGUGUGCCCUGGGGAGGGGCUUCCUGAGCCCAGGGGCCGCAGACCAAGAAUCAUCCGCUGCCUCUUGCCUCAGAACAAAGGGAUCAGCUUCAGCCUGGCAGCCUCCGUGGAUGCCUCUCCCGCCGUUUGUGCUGCCUCCACAGGCUGGGAUAUGCCCUGGAUCCUGAUGCUGCUGCUCGCGGCAGGCCAGGGAGUCAUCAUCCUGACCCUCAGCAUUGUGCUCUGGAGGCACAGGACUCAGAGAGCUUCAUGCAGAAAUGCCUCGAUUCCUCAGUUCAAACCCGAAAUCCAGGUCUACGAGAACGUCCAUCUGGCCUGUCUCAGCCCACCUGCCCCCAAGACCAGGUGAUUUCAGUGACAUCUCCUGCUGGAAAGUGUGACCUGCUAUCUCCCUGGCCAUUUGGCACCUGAAGGAUUCCACAGCGAACUUGUCCAGGGGGGAGAGGCUGAGUGUUGACUUCUUAGUGCAGCUGGUCUCCAGCUGCCAACUCUGGUGGGGAAGGGGCUGAAGGAAAGGAAGAGCAUUAUCCUCUGUGAUGUCAUCUACAAAAA